CCAGGAGCGAGGUGGUGGUUUCUAGUACUUCAGCUACUUUUUCGUAUUUGAGUAGACGAGUAGCGACUGCGACAAAGUACUUCCUUGGUAAGACACUGGUAAAACAAGUACUAGCUAAUAUCACUUCUCAUUCUUCAUCUUCCAAUUUCCUGUUCCUUCGCAUUGCUUUUCCGUGAUUGUGACUGACGACUGUUACUAGAUAUAUCUAUCAGAAUCACUAAUCUCUAUCAACUGACUGUUUCUAAAGCGAAAAAAUGGUGCGACGUUCCGGGAAAACGAGGUCUGGCCUUGAAGAGCGGCAAAAGGUGGAGAAGAACAAGAAAGGGCCGUCACCCGCAGCCGCCAAACGUGCAAGGAAAGAGAAAAAGAACGCCCCCUCAGUUUCAUUCGACCUCUCAACCCGAAAUUCAUACAUUACGGGAUUUAGGAAACGUACUUAAGAUUUUUAGUAGGAGUUCCAUGAAUAAUUUUUAUGUUGAAGACUCUCUUUAUUUGUAUCCUGUCUCUGCUUGGUACUUAGUGUUAGUCGAUGCACAUACUUGCUCCUGACAUUUGACCAAAUUUAAUCAUUCAGGCAAACAAGAGCGACAGAAGAAGGCACAAGAUGAGAUUGCCGAAAAGAAGAGGCAAGAUGCGAUCGAUUUCCGGAGAGAAAACCGUGAGCGCAUUGAGGAGCAGUACCGAGAUUUGAAGAAAUCCAUGCGGCGCGAUCUCGAAUCGCUCCUAGAGUCAAAGCGCGCAGCGAAGAGAAGAAAGAAAGACGAGGAGGCGAAUGGAGAAGAUGGUUCUGUUAGUCAGAAGAAGAAGGACGAGGAAGUCCGCUCUGAAUCCGACGCAUCGGACAGUGAAAGUGAUGACGCGAAUGACAUGAAAUCUAGCGAUGCUCAGACGACCGGAAGACACGCUUCUUCAUCAGCGCCGAGUGACAAGGUAAAAGUGGAUGUAUUUGCCGACGACAGCGACGACGAUAGCGAUGACCAGCUGUUUCCCAAUGCCACAGUAACAACCACAGUUGGCCUUCCCGAUGAGGUGUACGCAAAGACAAACGCACCAAAGAUCGGAACUUUUCAAACAGACGACGCCUCCGAUAAAGAGGAUUCCGAUGGGGAAUCAGAUAAAAAGCAGGAGAAAGAAGCUGCUUCUAGAGACGAUGAAGAUGACGACGAGAGUGAAGAUAAUGAAGAUGCUGCAAGUGGAAAAAAAUCAUCAUCUUCCUCAGGACCUCAUUCUGUAUCAAAAAGUAAGGGAAAGGGAAAAGGCGACGGCAAAAAAGGAAAAGGCGGGAAGAAAGGCAGUGGAAAAGGCAGUAAGGGAAAUUCUGGAAGCUUGGGUAAAGGAGGGAAAGGCGGCAAGGGUAAAGGAAAGGGAAAAAAGAGCUCAUCUUCAUCUUCUAGCAGUGGAGAUACUGCUACGACCUCUUCCACAACUUCAUCUUCUUCAACGAAGCCAUCCUCUAAUUCAAAUACAAAUUCUACACCAGCUCCUUCAUCAGCCAGCUCUAAGAGUCGGAAAGUGAAAAAGACUGGCAAAAAGCAAUCUGGAAAGGCGAAAAAGAAGGGAUCGAAAAACAAGAAGGCAGGGGCUGGAGAACGGAGGAAACGUUAGAUUCGGUGGGUCACGCUCACAUGCAUUUUUUUGAUCCUUUUAGAAUGAAUUUAAAUUUUACUCAUGAAAUAGAUAGCCAAUGCGCUGCUCAUUGUAAAGCUAUGAUUAUCUAAUCGUCCACGCGGUAACUACAC